AUGGGAGCACGGGGUGCACCUGAGCAAGACAGGGGGCGCGGGGUGCACCUGGGCAAGACAGGGGGCAAGGGGUGCACUUGGGCAAUGGCGGGGGCGCGGGGUGCACCUGAGCAAGACAGGGGGCAAGGGGUGCACUUGGGCAAUGGCGGGGCGCUGGGUGCACCUGGGCAAGACAGGGGGCAAGGGGUGCACUUGGGCAAGACAGGGGGCAAGGGGUGCACUUGGGCAAUGGCGGGGCGCUGGGUGCACCUGGGCAAGACAGGGGGCAAGGGGUGCACUUGGGCAAGACAGGGGGCGCGGGGUGCACUUGGGCAAGACAGGGGGCGCGGGAGCACUUGGGCAAUGGUUGGGUCGCGGGGUGCACCUGGGCAAUGGCGGGGGCGCGGGUGCACCUGGGAAAAAGAGGAGCGCGAGGUGUACCUGGGCAAAAGAUGGGGCGUGGGGUGCUACUAUGCAAUGGCGGGGGCGCGAGCUAGAUUCAACUGGUUCAAGUAUGCAAAUGUCAUCUAUCACAGCCAGCACUGGGAGCACGGGGUGCACCUGGGCAAUGGCGGGGGCGCGGGGUGCACUUGGGCAAGACAGGGGGCGCGGGGUGCACCUGGGCAAGACAGGGGGCAAGGGGUGCACUUGGGCCAUGGCGGGGCGCGGUGCACUUGGGCAAUGGCGGGGGCGCGGGGUGCACCUGGGCAAGACAGGGGGCGCGAGGUGCACCUGGGCAAUGGCGGGGGUGGGGCGCGGUGCACUUGGGCAAUGGCGGGGGCGCGGGGUGCACCUGGGCAAGACAGGGGGCGCGAGGUGCACCUGGGCAAUGGCGGGGGUGGGGCGAGGUGCACUUGGGAAGCAGAGGGGACGCGGAUGUAA